GAGGGGACUGCAGCAGGGGCCUGGGCCCCUCUGUGCCAUAAUGCUGGGGGACCUGAUAUUUUUUCUGAGGAGUUUCCAUGGGUUUCUUGCUUCUUCUGGCACCACAGGAGCCAUCUUGGCUUGGUUGAUAAGCUUUAAGCCAGCCUUGUUUGGCUUCCUCUUCCUUCUGCUAUUGCUCAGCAACUGGCUACUCAAGCAUGAACUCAAUCAGGCUCCCUGCCAGCCCCAGACAGUGUGCCAGAGGGUCCAGACGGAGCUGGCAGAAAAAGCGAAGGCUCCAGAAGUUAACCCCAAUUAUGCCACAGAGAGAGAGUUGGAGAAAAUGAAUGUUUGCUUCGCUCUCCAGGAUAAGGUCCUGGAACGGCUGUUGUUCAGCGAGAUGAAGCUGAAGGCCUUGGAAAAUCAGAUGUUCAUCAUAUGGAAUAAACUGAAUCACCGCCGGUGGCACAGCAGACACCGGAACUUCUCCAGGAGGUGGCACAGGAAAAGAAGGAAUGACUCUACUUUCUCCAUCGUCUCUAACUACACCACCAACACCCCCACUGAAUGCGACUGAAAUGGCCUAGCCUCUGCUGAUGUGAUCUUCACCCAGUGUCUGUUUUGUUGUCAUCGCUAUAACAAAAUACCCGAGCUUGGGAACUUCUAAAGAAAAGAGCUUUGUUUAGUUCACAGUGCUGGAUGGAGGUCCAAGAACACAAGCGUGCAGUGGCUUUUUGUGAGUUCUUCAAAGAACUUAAAGAGGGUAGCAUCA